GAUAGUCUACAAACAAAAGAGCUAAGUCUCCAUCUUUCUGCAAGCUCCUUCAGCCACUAUCUUUUCUUUACAUAUUAAUGGAGGAAACACCUUACAAUCACUCUUCCACCGCCAUCGACAACCUCAGCCAAGGUUUCGAGGGCCUGACUCAGCUCCGCGCCCUCUUCCUCGCAUCUUCUCCGGCCAAACCAACCGACAAAACGCUGGCCAUCGGCCUCCUUGAUAAGGCUCUUCGCUGCAUCACCGCCGCUCUCUCCGACCUCCAACCCAUCUCUCCCACUGUCGCCGUCGAAGACAGAAAGAAUGAUACUGAUCAUAAGAAAAGGAAGAGGGUGCAGUCGUGGACGAUUAUGACCUCUGUGCCUCACUUUGAUGGCCAUCAAUGGCGGAAAUAUGGGCAGAAGCGCAUUCACAACUCAGAUUUUCCAAGAAGCUACUACAAAUGCACUCACAACAAAGACCAAGGUUGCCAGGCAACCAAGACUAUUCAACAAAAGGAAGAUAAAGUCCCCAAUAGUCCAAUUUAUAAGGUCAGCUAUUGCAUGCACCAUACCUGCAAGCCCAUAGAGACUCAGGAGAACCCCUUCGUCAUGGAUUCCUCGGCCAUUAUGAACAGUACCAGUAGUACUACUGCUUCUUCUUCCUACAGCUCCCAUGAGCUCUCUAUUUCAAGCUUCCAAGCACCGUCGUCAGAUCAGCCAACGGUAUUUCCUUUACAAUUAGAAGAAAGUACUGAGCAGGUUUUUCCCAUGGAAUCCAUGCUUCUAUCUUCUGAAACUAGAGGAGAUUUGGCCGUUUUGGGUUUGGAUUGGGAGUGGCAGGAUGAGCUGAUCACGCUUGGAGAAUUUGGUGAUCUGAUAGUUAGAAUCUGAAACGUUUAAGAUUUUGAGUUUAGAAAAUAAGUUGGCUUAUUUGGAAAGCUUCAUGUUCAAUAAUAGAACAACUCUUUUCACGCACAUAAGACUUCCUUUGGGCAGUUUUUGUAUGCAUUUUAAAACGGUUUUUUAGUACAAAAAAUUUCAAAUUCAACAAUUUUUUGUGCUAUAAAACUGUUUUAGAAAGCAGUAAGAAAGUCGUACCAAAUGAAGCUUAAAUCUAGUAUGUUAAUAUAAUAACUUUUUUUGGUAGAGAAGGGGUUGAUAAUUUGUUGAAUUGGGAGAUUUGGCUGGCUAUAGCUCUGUAUUUUGAUUUUAUUGUGGCCUUAAGGAAGGCAAAAGUAUUGCCUUUGGAAAUUUUUUUCAAUGUACGACAGAAAUUUAUUUA